AUGGUUGGCCUGGUGUUUCUUUUGAGCAUUGCAUCAUUGAUAAUCUAUUUCAUCGAUGCUUCUGAUGGACAAGCCGUUGAAUCCUGCAGGCCAUGGUCAUUAAGUACAACGCAACAAGUGGAUUUAGCCUUCAAUGUUUUUUUUAUGAUAUAUUUUUUUAUUCGUUUUGUGGCUGCCAAUGAUAAAUUAUGGUUUUGGCUGGAACUUUUCUCCUUUGUGGAUUAUUUUACAAUCCCACCAUCUUUUGUGGCAAUAUAUUUGGACCGCAAUUGGCUGGGUCUCCGAUUCCUUCGAGCACUCAGACUUGUGUCCAUUCCCGACAUUUUACAAUAUUUAAAUAUUUUAAAGACAAGUACUAUGAUUCGACUUACUCAGCUUGUUGCAUUCUUUGUCAGCAUGUGGUUGGCUGCAGCUGGGUUUGUGCACCUGAUUGAGAAUUCUGGUGAUCCCUUUAUGGAUUUUUCUAACCCACAUAAAAUGACUUACUGGGAGUGUUUGUACUUUCUUUUGGUAACCAUGUCAACCGUUGGUUAUGGGGAUAUUUAUGCCAAAACUGUUCUCGGAAGGGUGUUUAUUGUAUUCUUCAUCCUAUGUUCUUUGGGUAUUUUUGCAAGUUUCAUCCCAGAGAUCGCUGAGAUUAUUGGCAGGAGGCAGAAGUAUGGAGGAACUUAUAAAAAAGAAAGAGGCAAAAAACAUAUUGUGGUAUUUUUACACAAAGAUCGAGAAGAUGUGGAUGUGGAAAUAGUUUUUAUUGAUAUAAAACUUCCUGAUUUGGAGCUUGAAGGUUUGCUAAAGAGGCACUUUACACAAGUGGAGUUUUUUCAAGGAACUGUCAUGGAUGCUAAUGACCUUGAAAGAGUUAAGAUUCAACAAGCAGAUGCAUGUUUGGUGCUUGCAAAUAAGUACUGUGAUGAUCCUGACCAAGAGGAUGCUGCAAACAUCAUGAGAGUAAUCUCAAUCAAGAAUUACCAUUCAGAGAUUAAAGUUAUUGUUCAAUUAUUGCAGUAUCACAAUAAGGCAUAUUUACUGAACAUUCCUAGCUGGGAUUGGAAACGUGGAGAUGAUGCUGUUUGCAUUGCAGAAUUGAAGUUAGGCUUCAUUGCCCAGAGCUGUUUGGCACCUGGCUUUUCCACUUUGAUGGCAAAUUUAUUUACGAUGAGAUCCUACAAACCAUCACCAUAUAUGGCCCAGUGGCAGAAUGAUUAUAUGCGUGGUACAGCGAUGGAAAUGUAUACAGAAUACCUGUCCAGUUCUUUCAAUGGGAUGACAUUUCCAGAAGCAGCUGAAUUGUGCUUUACUAAACUGAAACUACUUCUUCUAGCCAUUGAGGCUCGUCUUGGAGAUAGUAGAGAGAGUUCACUGGCAAUCAACCCUGGACCAAAAAUUAAAAUUGAAAGAGCAACUCAAGGAUUCUUCAUUGCUGAGUCAGCAGAAGAGGUGAAAAGAGCUUUCUACUAUUGCAAGACUUGCCAUGGGGUUGUGACAGAUGUCAGAGCCAUUAAGAAGUGUAGGUGUAGACCAGUGGCUUUAUUCCGGAAAGGAGCGUCAGCAGUAUUAGCACUUCAGAGGACCUCCGAAUUGGCUGGCACAGAUAACAGAAUAGUUCUCUCUUCUGUUACAAACAUGCCCAACAAGAAGAAGGAAAAAGAUAGCACAAGUCCGUCAUCUCAAACAAAGAAAAGUUCAAGUAUAUCAAAGAAAUUACCUUCACUGUGGCAAAACGUUAAAAUGCAGCCUACCAGUCCAUCAAAAGGAGCCUUACCAUCGUUGGAUAAAGUCAGUCCAACAAAUCUGCCACCUGACAUGAAUGUGGUACCCGGAGAAGAACCCAGAAAAUUUGAUUCAACAGGAAUGUUUCAUUGGUGCCCUGAACGAUGUAUUGAGGAUGUCAUAAUGGAUCGAAGCCAAGCAGCCUUAACAGUGCUUUGCAAUCACGUUGUAGUAUGUCUGUUCGCAGAGGCAACAUCACCCCUUAUUGGGUUAAGAAAUUUAGUUAUGCCUCUCCGAGCCAGUAAUUUUCACUACCAUGAACUGAAGCAUGUAGUUGUUGUUGGAAAUUUAGAGUAUCUGUAUAGAGAAUGGAAGAUGCUCCAAAACUUUCCCAAAAUUUCCAUACUGCCUGGAACACCAUUAAACCGAGCCAAUUUGCGUGCAGUGAACAUUAAUCUGUGUGAUAUGUGCGUGGUUCUGUCUGCUAAAGAUAAAAACCUGGAUGAUCAGCACUUAGUGGACAAAGAGGCCAUUCUCUGCUCGCUUAACAUCAAGGCAAUGACAUUUGAUGACAGUAUUGGACUUAUUCAGGCUUCAGCCCCCACAGGCUUUUUGCCUCCUGGCUUUUCUCCAGUUGGUAAUCAACAGCACACACCUCGUAGAGGUUCUAUUUGUGGAUCAAAUGUGCCACUCAUAACAGAGUUGGCAAACGAUUCCAAUGUGCAGUUUUUAGACCAGGAUGAUGAUGAUGACCCAGAUACUGAACUGUACAUGACUCAACCAUUUGCCUGUGGUACUGCAUUUGCAGUUAGUGUUCUGGAUUCUCUAAUGAGUACGAGCUAUUUCAAUGACAAUGCAUUGACUUUGAUUCGGACUCUUAUCACUGGUGGAGCCACUCCAGAAUUGGAACAGAUUCUAGCAGAGGGGGCUGGAAUGAGAGGGGGUUAUAGCACCCCAAGUAUCUUAGCCAACAGAGACAGGUGUCGGGUUGCACAGAUCUCAUUAUAUGAAGGACCUCUUGCCCAAUAUGGGGAGAGAGGUCGUUAUGGAGACUUGUUUCUUGCAGCUUUACGAAACUAUGGCAUCCUUUGUAUUGGUCUGUAUCGGUUCAGGGACACAAGUGCUACUGUUAAAAGUCCAUCAUCUAAGCGUUAUGUUAUAACUAAUCCAUCUCAGGACUUCCCCUUAUUGCCAACAGACCAGAUAAUCUGUGCUUUGGGACCCAAUACCAAAUAUCUGUCUGAAAUCAAUCCUUUAUCACCACCAGAAAAACCAAAAGAGGUAAUACUUUAA